UGGCAUCCGAGUCCUUUAACAAGCGAGAACAGAGGUGGGGAGGAAAACGGAGCGACGGGCGGAGAGAGAGGAGAGAAAAGUGAGGGGCAAGUGUUGUUCCUCUUUGUGACUUGUGGACUGUGGAGCAUGGAGAGGCGACCAUCCCCUUCUCCUUGGAUUAAAACCCCACUCCCCUCUCACCUCCGGCUCCGGGACCCCGACGAAUGCGGAGGAAGCCAUUGUGAGUUCUUCUCAGUCUGCCCCCAAAUCCAGAGGAGGAGAGAAGAGGAAGGGGCAGAUCUAUGGGCAACUGCAAGAGUUCAUCUCGUGCACUCCUAGGAAAGGCCCAUGUUGUUCCGGAUCCAGAAUGGAGGAUUCGGGACUUCGGAAAGACCCACGUUCCAGAUUUCGAAUGGAGGAUUGAUGACUUCUCAUCACUGCUUAAGACUGGAGCUAAGAGAGCAACAUCUGGCCCUUUUCACUGCUCUGGUUAUAACUGGGACCUGCAAGUGAGUCUAAUGCAUAAAGAAGCUCGUUCUGUAACUCCAUAUGUUGCUCUUCGUCUUGUGCCAUCCAAACUAAGCUUGAUGCCAGUUCACACAGUGCAUGCGACGUUUGAAUUGUCAAUAUACAACCAUUCAAAAGGAAUGUACUAUGGAUGCAAAGCUAGCUCCAACUUUGAUUUCAAGAAUUUCUACUCGAAGGAGCAUUGCUUGAUUCCUCUUAAGAAGCUACUGAAAUCAUCUGCUUUUCUAGUUGAUGAUAGUUGUGUCUUUGCUGUGGAGAUAUUCAAAAUUGAUGCCUGCUCUCCUGAAAAGAAGGUUGUUGUGGUUCAGAAGAAGGCUACCACAGUUCAGAACCUCUUUGUCCAGAAGAAGGGGUUCGUCAAAGGGACAUACACUUGUAACAUGAACAAUUUCCUUGAAUUGGACUUGGAUCACUGUGUCCGUUCUCCUACAUUUGAAGUUGGCGGGCAUAAAUGGUGCAUCAGCAUGUACCCGCGUGGUGACUUGUACAGCACUGAUUGCCUCAGCUUGUACUUAUUCCUGGAUGCCUUGGAUGAGCUCCAUCUCGAGUCUAGGAAGGUGGCUGUAAUGACUCUGUCCAUCCUGAACCAAAAGAAUGGGAAACACUUGACUAAAACUUCAGGUCUCUUCGUAUGUGAUGGCGGAUGGGGUUGGCCUAACUUUCUUGGACUCAAGAAACUCAAGAAAGGCUAUGUUGUAGGGUCGAGCUGCAUUGUGAAGGCAGAUCUCACUAUCGUUGGUUUAUCCAAUGAUGGCUAUAUUUUUACCUCAUGCCGAUGGAGAGAUAAAGCCCUUUCAUCCUCCUAGCAAGACUUAUAUAUGAGAUAAUGUUGUGGUAGCAGCACUAAAAAUUUGUGGGUUGAUUAGUAGUAAUGAGCUGGAUUUGAGAAGGGAGGUGACUUUACGCAUAUAUUUCUAGGGCCAUUUGCAUUUCUGCCCCUAACUCGAACCACCUACUCAGAUUUGCCUCUAAUUUCAAAGCAUGCUCAAAUUUACCCCUCUGCCGUUAAGCCACUACUCAGAAAUGCCCUUCCGUCCACUCAAAGGCCUUUGACCGUCAAAGGCCCAUAUGUACUGUAGCAGACGGAAAAUGCUACAGUAUUGGAUGGAAAGUGCUACAAUACUGUACGGAAGGGCAUUUCUGAGUAGUGACUUAACGGCAGCGGGGCAAAUUUGAGUAUGCUUCAAAGUUAGGGGCAAACCUAAGUAGUGGGUUUGAGUUAGGGGCACAGAUGUAAAUGUCCCAUAUUUCUAGGUAUUAUAUGUCGAGCAGAAAUAUGUUAUUGGAAGUACUUGUGUUUGCAUGGAUGAUGCAACUAUGUCGGUCAGCUUGUCUCGCUACAUGGAUGUUUGAUUCAGCUGAACCAUGUUAUCUCUCGCUUGGUUUUUGUGCA